UAAGAAAGAUUAUAGCAUUACUAGGAGGAGAGAGUGAGACUUUAGACUUAAGAAUUAAAAAAGCUUUACUCUAUAAAUGCAUAAAGGCAAGAACAAACCCUAUAAAAACAGAGGAAGAAGCAAAGUUUACUAAAAAAAAGUAAGCACCAAAAUGAAGCUACUAAAUCCUUCUUCUUCCCUUUGCUUUUUGACAUUUCUUUUUCUAAUUCUAUUGCUAAGACCCACAUUUGCCUCCAAAAAGUCAUAUGUAGUUUACUUGGGAGCACAUUCACAUGGCGAAGAUCUAUCGUCGAUUGAACAAAAUCUCGUCGCGGAGUCUCAUUAUGACUUUCUUGGAUCAUUCUUGGGAAGUCGAGACUCCGCGCAAGAUUCGAUAUUUUACUCAUACACAUGGCACAUCAAUGGUUUUGCUGCAAACAUAGAAGAUGAAGUAGCUGCUCAAAUAGCUAAACAUCCGAAAGUAGUAUCAGUCUUCUUGAACAAAGGAAAAAAGCUCCAUACAACUCAUUCAUGGAGUUUUCUUGGACUCGAGCAAAACGGUGUCGUUUCUUCCAACUCAUUAUGGAAGAAAGCAAGAUAUGGUGAAGAUGUAAUUAUUGGAAAUCUUGACACUGGCAUAUGGCCAGAAUCCAAAAGUUUUAGCGACGAAGGGUAUGGACCGAUUCCUUCAAAGUGGAAAGGAAUCUGUCAAAAGGGCUCCGAUCCUCAUUUCAAUUGUAAUAGGAAGCUUAUCGGAGCAAGAUACUUCAACAAAGGAUACGCUUCAAUCGUCGGUCAUCUGAAUUCCACCUCCGAUUCACCAAGAGAUCAAGAAGGCCACGGAACUCACACUCUAUCAACCGCCGGCGGUAAUUUCGUUGCCGGAGCAAAUGUGUUCGGUUACGGCAAAGGAACAGCAAAAGGCGGUUCACCGAAAGCUAGAGUAGCCGCUUACAAGGUUUGCUAUGCGCCGAUUAACGGAAGUGAAUGCUUCGACGCUGAUAUUUUAGCGGCGUUCGAUUCUGCAAUCGGCGACGGUGUCGACGUGCUUUCUGUUUCAUUAGGCGGUGAAGCUACUCAGUUUUUUAAUGAUUCUGUUGCUAUCGGAUCUUUUCAUGCGGUGAAGCAUGGAAUUGCGGUUAUUUGCUCUGCUGGAAAUUCCGGUCCGAAUGACGGAACCGCUUCGAAUCUUGCUCCGUGGCAGAUUACAGUCGGAGCUAGCACCUUGGACAGGGAGUUUCCGAGUUAUAUUGUCCUCGGAAACAACAUUAGCUAUAAGGGACAAAGUUUAUCAAGAAAAGGGUUGCGAAAGAAUAAGUUGUAUCCGCUUAUGAGUGCUGCAGAUGCUAGAGCAGCUAAUGUAUCAGUACAAGAUGCUAUGCUCUGCAAAGCAGGAACACUUGAUCGUAAAAAGGCCAAGGGAAAGAUCUUGGUCUGUCUUCGAGGGGAAAAUGCGAGAGUGGACAAAGGUCAGCAAGCUGCUAUGGCUGGUGCUGUAGGAAUGGUUCUUGCAAAUGACAAAGCUUCUGGGAAUGAAAUUCUUGCCGAUCCUCAUGUUCUUCCUGCUUCACAUGUCAAUUACACCAACGGUGUUGAUAUCCUCAAUUACAUUAACUCCACCAAGUAUUCUCUUGCGUACAUUACUCUUCCAGGAACAGAAUUAGGCGUAAAGCCAGCUCCGUUCAUGGCAGCUUUUUCAUCUAGAGGACCCAAUACCAUAACACCAGAGAUUCUCAAGCCUGAUAUCACAGCACCAGGAGUGAGUAUCAUAGCAGCCUAUUCACAAGCAGAAGGACCAACAAAUGAAGAUUUUGAUACACGACGGGUUCUGUUUAACUCAGUAUCAGGAACUUCAAUGUCAUGUCCUCAUGUUUCAGGCAUUGUUGGCCUUCUCAAAACUAUGCAUCCUACUUGGAGCCCUGCGGCCAUUAAAUCCGCAAUAAUGACCACAGCAAUGACAAGGGAUAACAAUAAGGAGCCAAUACUAAAUGCAAGCUACUCCAAGGCAAAUCCAUUUAGCUAUGGAGCAGGACAUAUCAGGCCAAACCAAGCUAUGAAUCCGGGACUAGUUUACGACUUAAAUAACGACGAUUACCUCAACUUUCUCUGUGCUUUAGGAUACAACAAAACGCAGAUUUUAUCCUUCUCGCAGACACCGUACCAAUGCCCUAAAACUCCAAUCACUCUUGCCAACUUCAACUACCCUUCAAUCACAGUCCCUAAAUUCAAUGGCUCAAUAACUGUCACUAGAAGGGUGAAAAAUGUUGGAAGUACUUCAGGUAGUACUUACAGAGUAAGCGUCAGAAAACCAACAGGAAUUUCUGUUUCGGUCCGGCCUGAUGUCUUGAAAUUUAGCAGGAUUGGUGAAGAGAAGACAUUUUAUGUUACCCUGAGUGGGAAAAUUUCCAAGGCAGGAAAAGAGUAUGUUUUUGGGCAGUUGAGAUGGUCUGAUACUGAUAAUAUUCACCAUGUUAGAAGUCCUAUUGUGGUCAAAUGGCAUUGAUAGUGAGCAUUGGAUUAAGCUAGCAAUGGUUUAAUUAUGUUGUAUUUUUAUAUGGAAUUGUUCGCGUUACUUAAGAAAUUAAAUAAAUUAAUGCAAUUGUUAGAAA